GGGAGGAGCCGGGCGCGGAGGUUCGCGGAGUGGAGCUAAAGGCUGCGGAGGGGAGCGGAGCUGAGCGGCUGGGCGGGCCUGGCCAGGCCAGCGGAGAGGAGACGUCGGUCGAGCGGCGGCGAACAUGCACUUUUGACACAUUGGAGGCUUUCUUGACCAUGGAUGGUGAAGAUAUACCAGAUUUUUCAAGUUUAAAAGAGGAAACUGCUUAUUGGAAGGAACUUUCCUUGAAGUAUAAACAAAGCUUCCAGGAAGCUCGGGAUGAGCUAGUUGAAUUCCAGGAAGGAAGCAGAGAAUUAGAAGCAGAGUUGGAGGCACAGUUAGUACAGGCUGAACAAAGAAAUAGAGACUUGCAAGCUGAUAACCAAAGACUGAAGUAUGAAGUGGAAGCAUUAAAGGAGAAACUGGAGCAUCAGUAUGCACAGAGCUACAAGCAGGUCUCAGUAUUAGAAGAUGAUUUAAGUCAGACUCGGGCCAUUAAGGAGCAGCUACAUAAGUAUGUGAGAGAGCUGGAGCAGGCCAAUGAUGACCUGGAGCGAGCAAAAAGGGCAACAAUAGUUUCGCUGGAAGACUUUGAACAAAGGCUAAAUCAAGCCAUUGAACGAAAUGCAUUUUUAGAAAGUGAACUUGAUGAAAAGGAAUCUUUGUUGGUCUCUGUACAGAGGUUAAAGGAUGAAGCAAGAGAUUUAAGACAAGAACUAGCUGUUCGGGAGAGACAGCAGGAAGUAACUAGAAAGUCGGCUCCCAGUUCUCCAACUCUAGACUGUGAAAAGAUGGAUUCUGCUGUCCAAGCAUCACUUUCUUUGCCAGCUACUCCUGUUGGCAAAGGAACAGAGAACAGUUUUCCUUCACCAAAAGCUAUACCAAACGGUUUUGGUACCAGUCCACUGACUCCUUCAGCUAGGAUAUCAGCACUAAACAUCGUGGGGGACCUCUUACGGAAAGUAGGGGCUUUAGAAUCCAAAUUAGCAGCUUGCAGGAAUUUUGCAAAGGACCAAGCAUCACGAAAAUCCUAUAUUUCAGGGAAUGUUAACUGUGGGGUGAUGAAUAGCAACGGCACGAAGUUCUCUCGAUCAGGGCACACGUCUUUCUUCGACAAAGGGGCAGUAAACGGCUUUGACCCGGCUUCUCCUCCUCCCGGUCUGGGCUCCUCGCGCCCGUCGUCGGCACCGGGUAUGCUGCCUCUCAGCGCGUGAGUGCCCGGCCUCCAGGCUGGGGCUCCCGCCCUCCUGCAACAACCCAGGACACCCACGCCUCACCCCUCGGUGCCCGGGCCCAGCUCGUGCCCCUCCGUCUGCCUCCCCACGGCUGGCAGAGGGCAGGCUGCAUGCAGUGGCGGCUGCUGGGCCCUGCCCAGCCCCAGGACUCUGCGCGACACCAAUACUGGCUAUUUUCUCUUCUCGCCGUAGUGCCGUUGGUUUCACAUGAUUGCACUUUUGUGGGUCACAAGGUGAUACAUACACGUAUUACUUGGUCACUGGAUGCGGAAGUACCCAUUCAUCACACCUGCCUCAUAGCCCCCUCCCUGCUGUACUGAUAGGAUUUAGUUAUGUUUAGGACAUUACAGAUCUUCUAGAGGUUCUCCCCCAAAUCAGGUCGACGUGUGCUCUCCUCCUGAGCUCCCACCCAAGCAUCUCCAGUGCUCAUGGAUCAUGUGUCCUCCACCUCCACCCCCCACGGUUUGGGUCUGUUGCUGGCAAAGAGUCAGGAAGGUCACUGAAUUAGGGAACAUUUUCUGCACUUUCUGGUUUUACUUUAGCAGUUAUCAUUCCAUAGACUAGCCUCCCAGAGCAGCAAAACGCCUGUCUGAGCCCAGGUGGCAGGAGCUUCUGGGACCUGGCACACGCAGGGCUGUGCCCCUGCCGUCUCCUCCUCCUCCAUGUGCCUCAGACUCGGGGUAGGGGGUGGUGGCAACCUCCUCGCCAGCUCUCUGGUCCUUCGGUUAAAUGACACCUUCAGAGUGUUUCUGUUUUGUUUUCAGAGGGCCUGUCCGGUUGCGUUAGGAAGGGUCGAGCGGCCUGAUUCCGGGGGCGGCUGGCGCCAGCUCCUGGGGGCGCGCUGACCACAAGUGGUUGUCCCUGUGCAUCCGUCGAUUACUCUCACGCUGCAUUUACUGUUUACAUUUGUUUUAUUGUACAUAGGUUUGUAAACAUUAUUGCCUAAGAUAUUUGUAUAUAACUUGGGCUUUGUAGCUUUUAUUUAUUCAGAACUCAUAUGGCAUGUUAGAGACUUAUGAUGGUGUCCUACUCUGGGCAGCUGUGUAGGAUCGUCAUGUGGUUAAAAAAACUACUCCCCCUCAAAACAAUCUUUUAAUGUGGAAACAAUAAAUUUCACAGAAAAAAAAAGAAAAAGGAUUGAGGUUGCUUUAUUUGGUUUCUGCCAUCCUGGGAGAGAGGAGCUGGAGUUGCAAAGCCAGGUUCAAAUGUCACUUCUGCUGUGACAUGGGACACGGGGAUGGACAGCAGCUGUGGAAUAGGGCAAAGAAAAUUGAGGCGGCCUCAG